AUGAAGAAAUGUGACAAUGAGAGAAUAGCACAAUAAAUAUAUGCCAGUUAGAUGCUAAAAUUGUAAGGUAAAAUUUUGGAGAAGAAGUUAAUCAAAACUGGAUCGAAGAAUCAGAUUGAAAGUUAAUCGCAAAACAUCUCAAACAACAAUAGUCCUGUCGUUGGAAGAUAAAAAUCUUAUGAGAAUCUUUAGAAAGUCAAUAAGACAUUUAUUAAUCAACCUGUUUCUUAGCAGAAAUUAAGCAGCAUUUUGAAUGUCAUAAGUGGAUAAUAAUAAAACACCAAAUAAAAGUACUCCAUUAACAACGAAUUGAUUGAAACUGUGAAGAUUUCACAUAAGUUACGCAAGAACCAAUCUAUGAUACAUAUCGAACAAUAAUCUCCUGCUCUAACCAAAAAUGCAUCCUUCCAUCAUUCAGUUAAAAAUAAAAUCAACAGUAAUAGUGUAUCAAGUGAUCAAUCUCAAAUUCAAAAAGUCAAAGAGAAAAUCAAAUUAUUGUUGUAAGAGAGAGAUCAAAAUCUGCCACAAGAUGCCAAAGAAUUAGCAUUUAUGACUAAAUUCAACCAAAUCCUGAAUCAAUUGGUGGUAGUGUUGUUCUAAGAACCAAAUCUACAAGCAUCUCAGCAACAAUUCAAUUUGCCAUCCUCAACCCAAGAUACUUUCUAAGCCAUUCAAAUUGACCAUUUCUUCAAAAGGCAGAUUCAGAUCUUGCAACAGUCUUAUUAGCUCUAAUUGGACAAGAAGAAGUUGGAGAAUGUGUUAUUGUAGAUCAAAAAGAAGCAAGAGGUCAUGCAAUAGGAAAAUGAUUAAUUGUCAGCAAAUAAAACGUAAAUGAAUGAUUAGAUAACUUAAUUGAAGUAGUAAAUCUCGGAAUUGUAAUAAUAGAACCAUUCCAAUCAAGAGAAUAUUUAAUUAGAAUCAGGUACGUAUAAUUAAUAUAGAUUUAGAAACUUAAGAGUUGAAAUAUCUCGUAUAAGGGUAAUUUGAAGCCAUAUAAAAGUUAUUAUAAAGAGAACAAUUAAUGAAGGUAUUUUUAAAAAGAGUGGGUGAUAGUUCCAUAAUAGAGUAAAAAUAAUAUAAUAUUUGAAAUUGAUAGGAUGUUUGAAUCAUUUAUCCAGAGUGCAGAGAAUGUUAAUCAAGAUGAUACUGAAGGAAAUUUGAAUAUUGAUAUGCUACCAUAACAGAAACAUACCUAGGUUUCAAAGAACAAUUAAUAAUAAUUAUAAUAAUAAUAAUAAUCACACUAAAUUCCAGAUAAAAUAAUCUAAUAAUAUGAAAUUAGUUAUAAGCAGUUAGAUCUCUGUGAUUCACUUUUAGCUGAUGAUUCAAGUAAAAAUAUUUACUAAUAGAAAGGAGUGAAUGAUUCAGAAGAAAGUAGCUUCGGAUACUUAGGUAAAGAGUAGGCAACGGAAGUCAGUUGUUAUUUCAAUUAAGCUUAGUAAUUAUAUUUGAUCAAUAUUCUUUAUAGGUAAUUUUAACAGCAACAAAACCAAUUGCCAUUUUAACAACAAUAGAACUAAAAAUUAAAGGGAAAAUCUAAUAUCAAAGAUAAAUUAAGAAUUAAUAUGAUGGAUGUCUAAUUAGCAUAGGCUGCGUAAAUAUUAUUUAAUAAUAAAUCAAAGUCAGAAACAUGAAUAUAUGAAACAAUAAUAGUUGCUCCAACAGUAACAUGACAAGAUUUUACCAGAUGAUAUAAACAGUGAAGAUGUAAGUAAAAUUUAUAUUCAUAGUUUUGA